AUGACUUUCACCACCGUGCUGUGUAUCGUGGCUUUGUUACCGCUGCAAGGUAGGACUGCCAAGAACUCCCUAUUGGACAGUGUGUUGGGAGCACUCACCGAAAAGAACAGUUCAGCCAUUCAUGAGGGGAAAGCAAGGGAUUUUCAAGAGGUUCACACUGAAACUGUCACUGUGGAGGAAGGGCAGGAUUUAAGCCUACCCUGUGCUUUUCCCAGGGGCCACGAAUUUGCCCUGGAAUGGGUAAACCCUCGGGGGUUUAUUAUUUUUCUAAACAACAAUCGAGGUUUAAAAGAUGAAAGGUACAAGCUUAUCCAUUAUUCAAAGAAUAAAUUAUCUAUCAGCCUCUCUAAGGUAACAAUUCAGGAUGAAGGCACAUACAAAUGCAACUGCUAUGACAGAACAGUCAAAACCAAGGAAGUGAAUGUUAUUGUCUUAGCUGCUCCCUCCAAGCCAGUGUUGGAAGUAUCAGAAAUUAGAACCGAUGGUGAAGAAGAAAAGAUUGUACUGAGCUGCUUAACCUGGGGAAGUAAACCUCCUCCUCAGAUUACUUGGCUGCUAGAUAAUGGGCUAGAAGUCUAUGGUGACACCAAACACAAGUUUGAACACGAUGGAAAGAAAUGCAACACAACCAGCACGCUCACAGUCCGUGCUUACAACCAGGAUUCAACUGCCAGUUGUGUCAUUCAUCAUGAAACCGUACAAGAAGGAAAAUUGACAGCAUCCUUCCAGUUUAAACAUUUCAUGACUACUUCAAGCUCAGCUCCAAAUAUGCUAGAAAUAAGUACAAAGACCUCUGAGAAUCCUCAGCAUUAUGUGGAAUCUACUCCAGAAUCUAUAAUACAGACAUCACCUGUGAGCAUAUCUUUAGCAACAAGUACCCAACAGGAAGUUUUCUCUUCUCAGGCAACCGUUGAAUCCAGCCAACCAGACUUUUCUACCACUGUACCUGAGAAGCCAUCUAGCCAUCUACCAGCAAUACCUACCCAGCAGAGGGAACUACCAGUGAACACAACUAUUUGGUCAGAAGUUACAGUAACUUCAACAGUGAAGGACAUUUCUAGUUCAGAAGAACCAUCAACAAGCAGUGAAUCAGCUACUCAGAAUGCUAACAGCACCAUUGAAAGAACUUUGAAUAUCACAGAAGAAACAUCUUUUACAGAUACACCAACAAUAAGCAAUGAACAAUCAACUCAAAACUCCACAAUCAUCACUGGAGCAGAAAUCACAAUAAAUGUGACAUUUGCAGAAGAAACCUUUGGGACAGAAGAAUCAUCAAUAACCCAUGAAGAAACAACCCUGAAUUCUAAUGCUACCAUCAAAACAGAUCUUAAUUCUGAAGGAAUCAGACAAAGGGAAACAAGUGUUUUGUUACCAGUCCUGGUAGCUGUCCUCAUCUUUGUGAUGCUCAUCAUAGUCCUGCUCUUCAUGAGAAAGCUGAAAAAAGCACAUGGAGUCUGGAAGAGAGAAAAUGACACUUCAGAACAGACGCUGGAGAGUUACAAAUCCAGGUCUAACGAAGACAAUCAAGCCGUUGAGAAGAAUGGUCAAGUUGCCAAUACGAAGCCUAAUAUGCAAUAUGUAACUGAAGGAUAUGCCGAAACAGUAAAGAGGAAUUCAGAAGAAAGAGAUGUUUCAGCAUUUGAGAAACACCUGGUGUGUGGAAAAGAAACUGACGUAUAGUAGUCAGUAUUUGUUGACAAUAUUGUAUGAUGUACAGAAUUAAUAUGGUAUGUUCUCAUAUUUAUAGUGUGACUGAUCUGAUGGUAUGUAAAACUGUCAGUCUGAUGUAUCAACAUCAUAGUCUGAGGAUUUCAGACAGAGGUAGAAAUGCUUGAUCUCACCUUGGAUGGAUCACCAUGUUAACACUGUAAAGAGGUGGAUGGAUUUGUUGCUCCUGAGAAUCCAUUAGCAAUGCUUGCUUUCAAAUAAUGAUUUAAUCAGGUAUUUAAACCAGCAGAUUUAAUUAAUGUGUAUCAUAAAUGGAUCAGACAAGUUUCAGAGCAAGUUAUUUCAGCAAUGAGGGUCCUGAUAAUGGAAUGCACAGCCAGCCAAUUGCAAGAUGCAAAUUUACUGGGAAGUUUAUGCAACAGUUGUACAGCCACCUGAGACACAUUGUCUACAGUAGGGCUACUCAACAUAUGGCCCGUGGGCUGUAUGCGGCCCGCGGCCUGUUUGUUUGCAGCCCACGGUGCAGUUUGGGUUAUGCGGGGCUCAACAUGCAGCCUGCGGGUGGGAACCAAAACACAAAAGUAUAAUGGCCUUCUGUUGAAAUGAGUUUUAGUAGUUACAUUCCUGGACUGUCAUUGCUCAUUAAAAGUGCUGUCAGAUGGGUAGAAAUCGGGUAACUAUUGCAUUUUAUUAAUAUCAGCAGAACUGACUUAAAUGGGGCCUGUGUAUUGUAUAGUCUUGCCUUAAACUUUGUAUUCAUACCCAUCCAAGUGAAUAAGCUAUUUGCAUAUAUCUGCAUAUAUAUUUGCAUGUAUAUACAACCACACUUAAGUUGCGGCCCUCUGCAAUUACUGUA